AUGCCCGCAGCCAGCUCCACCCCCCCAAUUCAGGCCACCGCCGACCUUUCGCCCUUAGCUCCGUCCCCUCUGCAUUCCGUUGCCACCGCUGUUCUCCCAGCCCUCCAGGACACCGCCGACUUUCUCGAUGCCAUGACGGAGAUGCCCGCAGAACACGAACUUCAGAGCACUGGUCCCGGCGCUGGUGCACCGAGCCAGGACCCACCUGCUGAGUACGACCCAUCCGUUGGUUUAGUCGUUAUGGGGAGCACAGCAGACGACGGUGGCGGUGCUGGUGCCGACAACGAAAGCAACAUCGAUAUUGACAGCCUGGACGAUGCUUAUGAAGAGAAAAAAGAACCCGGUCAAGCCGUCGAGGUUCAGCCGGAGGAGCCCGAUGCUGGCGAAGAUGAAUACCUCAAGUCCUUCGACUCGCCCGCUCAAGAUAUACAGGACGAUAGUUCAACGAAGGAUGAUGUAUCCCAUGCGCGAGAGUCCAUUCCACGUCAACUGUCGCCUGAGGCGUCCCAAAGCGCUCAAGCGGUCCCUAAACCUGUUAUUGAAUCCACUCCGGCCCAGCCCAGUGUCACGACCCAGUCGCCCGGUGACGGUCACCCCGUCGCCAACCCGCAAGUCGCCGGUCAGUCAGGUGUUGAGUUCAACCAGACGCAGCGUGGAGACCAGGUUCCUCCCGUAACUAAUGGCCAGUCGAGUUCCGGUGAUGCGCAUGCCGAUGACAUUUCUCGUCUCGUGGCCGAGAUGACGGGCCAGACCACAAGUCCCAACAGCCAUUCGGAACCCGGACCCUCUUCCCAGAACCAGGAGUCGUCCACCCAUGUCCCGCAGAUGCCCGCAACUUCCGCGUCCUCUUUACCCCCGAGACCUCCCAUGCCCCAAGAGGCAGCCUUUAGUUCUGCUCAUGCUUUUGCUCCUCGCCCUGCUCCUGUUUCCUCACACUCCGAAGAGUCCCGCGCGUUCCAGCUUCCCACUGUUGCGUCCAUCCCUGCUUCUACUUCCCCCACGUCUAGCGUGCAUCCCCCGUCCGUUGCCUCGUUGACUCCCAGCCAACCCUCCACGUAUGUGGCCGCCGGGGCGCCUGGUACCUAUACCAAGGCUGAGGACCUCCCGCCUCCUCCUCUUGCUCCUAUCAACUCUUCGACAGGGCCUUCUUACUCCGACCUUACUGGCGUCUCAGCCAGUCGGCCUGAUGAUGAUGAUGCCGCUAACCGUGAGAGGCUCUGGAGUCUCUUCAACGAAGACGAACGGCGUUAUAUGAGCGAAGGAAGAUGGGAUAGGUUUCCGGAAGGUUCCCGGAUCUUUAUCGGAAACCUCUCCAGCGAACGUGUUUCAAAGCGGGACGUUUUUGAUAUCUUCUACCGAUUUGGUCGGCUUGCCCAGAUUUCUCUCAAAUCUGCCUAUGGCUUUGUUCAAUACCACAACGCCGAGGACGCCCAAGCUGUCAUGCAAAACCUACAAGGCAUCGAGAUAAAAGGCCGUAAAAUUCAUUUGGAGAUUUCGCGAACGCAGAAGAAAAAAGGCGACGAUGGCAGGCGUGACGCUGGGCAGAGAUCUGGCGAUCGCUCUGACGCAAGCCAACCUCGUCGGCAGCGCGAUGACCAUCGUCAUCAGGGGCGUGGGGCUUCGCCUCGUCGCAACAGAGGUGAUAAGUACGGACGCGAACGGGACUACUACGAGCCCUCGCACAACCAGCACCGAGGCCGCUCGCGAUCGCCGCCAGCUUACGGACGGCAGCAAGACGCGUAUCGGCAGCGCAGCCCGAGUCCCGCGCACGGCUUUGACGACCGACUCGAGAUCCCUCGCAGAUACGGCGACCAAGUGCCCGACGUCCAAUUCCUGCUCCUCCAAGAGGUUGGACGCGACUUCGUCGACUGGGUGCAACGUGCGUUUCUGGAUAGAGGCCUGAAAGUGGACGUGAUGUUUCUGAACCCAGGUUUUCCUCGAGCGGCGGUGCUCCAAAGACAGGUCGCGGAGGGAGUCCAUGGCAUCGUGGAGCUUGACAUCCGCGCCCACAGUUACGGAAAGAUCCCCCUUCAAGUGUUCGACCGAUCUUCCGGCCUGAGCGCUCGGUUUGACGAAUACCAGGAUCUCGAUCCGCCUAUCGCCGCCGAGCUCGUCCUGCGCGCAAAGACUCAAGCUCGCCAGGCACAGACUUACAAUAAUAGCCACUAUCCUCCGCAGCCAGCGUACGCGGCCGGCGGCUAUCCGUAUCAGCAGCCCCCGCAACCACAGUACGGACAACAUCCACCCCCGCAGGCCUCACCACACGUGGCGUCGUUCCCCACGGUCCAGAGAUCGCAGGGCCCACAGGCACCACCCGUUAUCCCGCCCAGCCAAAACCCUGUCGAUCUUGUGGGUCUUCUAGGCCAGUACGAUAACGCCGGAUUACAGCAGCUACUGGGGUCUACUAUGCAACAUCAACAACAAAACGGUGUCGCAAGCCAACCAGCACGUGGAAUCGGCGCAGCUCCGCAAGCGGGCUCACAACUGGACAUUCAGGCGCUUUUAGCCAGCCUCAAUGGUAGCUCGGCGGCGAUGGCACAGCCUGCUCAUUACGGAGGACAGGCAUAUCCUUCUCCCGCUUCUAGACCGCCCGUCAGCAGCGGCCACCCAGGCCAUCAUCUCCAUGAGAUGAACGGAGGUUCAUCGCCAGACUCGGCCUCGCAGGUCCAUACAAUCAUGGCACAACUGGCUAAGUUCCGGCAGCCAUGA